CACAGCCGGCGGGCCGGGGUCAGGGCGCCGCGGCCUCGCCUCCCGCCCGCCCCCGCCAUCUUAAACCGCUACGCGCCGGCGGCCGGCCCAGCCCGGCGGUGCCGCUGCCCGCGGAGAUGGCGGGGACGAGCACGGAAGCUCGGACGUGGCUGCUGCGGCCGCCCACGGCCACCGAGCUGCUGCUGGUGGCCCUGUGCUGGCUCGGCUGCUACUGGCUGCUGCGGCGGUGGCCGCGGGCGCUGUCGGGGCUGCCGCCGGGCCCCGCGCCCUGGCCGCUGGUGGGCAACUUCGCCUUCGCCCUUCUGCCGCCUCCGCUGCUGCGCAGGUGGGCCAUGGAUGUGAAGGGCGACCGGAUCUCCCCCGCCUUCUCGCCCCAUGUCUUCCUCACCGGCCUGACCAAGAUGUACGGCAGCAUCUUCCGGCUCUUCGUGGGCAGCCGCCCAUUCAUCAUCCUCAACACUUUCGGGGCGGUGCGGGAGGCGCUGGUGCAGAAGGCGGAGGUGUUCAGCGACCGGCCCUCCGUGCCCAUCGUCCUCAUGAUCACCCACCACAAGGGUGUUAUUUUUGCACCUUAUGGCCCUGUCUGGAAGCAACAGAGGAAAUUCUCUCUCUCAACACUGCGUCAUUUUGGAGUAGGGAGACACAGCUUAGAGCCUAAAAUCAUCGAGGAGCUGAACUUUGUAAAGGAAGAAAUGCUGAAGCAUGGAAAGGAUUCAUUUAAUCCCUUCCCAAUCAUUCGCAACGCAGUGUCCAAUGUUAUCUGUUCCAUGGCCUUUGGCAAGCGCUUUAACUACGAGGAUGAUGAGUUCAAGACGAUGCUGAAGAACAUGGCCCGUGCCCUGGAGCUCAGCGUGAACAGCUACAUGAUCCUGGUCAACAUCUGCCCGUGGCUCUACUACCUUCCCUUUGGGCCUUUCCGGGAGCUUCGGCAAACGGAGUUAGACAUUACUGCUUUUCUGAAGAGAAUAAUUGCCCAGCACAGGGAUACGCUGGAUGCAGCAAAUCCCAGGGACUUCAUUGAUAUGUACUUCAUCCACGCGGAGGAAGAGAAGAACAACAAGGAGAGCAGUUUUAAUGAUGAUUACCUGUUUUUUAUCAUUGGUGAUCUCUUCAUCGCUGGCACAGAUACUACUUCCAACACGUUGCUGUGGUGCCUGCUCUACAUGUCUCUUUACCCUGAAGUACAAGAGAAAGUACAUGCAGAAAUUGAAGCAGUUCUAGGACGUGACAAAGUUCCCUCUCUUGCUCACAAGGCUCAAAUGCCCUUCACAGAGGCAACCAUUAUGGAAGUGCAGAGGAUGACUGCAGUUGUUCCCCUUUCUAUUCCUCGAAUGGCCUCAGAAACUGCUGUGCUCCAGGGAUAUACUAUUCCUAAGGGUAGUGUGAUUGUGCCCAACCUGUGGUCAGUACACAGAGAUCCGAACAUUUGGGAGAAGCCAGAUGAAUUUCAACCAUCAAGAUUUCUGGAUGAAAAUGGCCAGCUAAUAAAGAAAGAGUCAUUCAUUCCUUUUGGAAUGGGUAAACGUGUGUGCAUGGGAGAGCAGUUGGCAAAAAUGGAGCUGUUCUUGAUUUUUUCAAGUCUUAUGCAAAGUUUUACCUUUAUGUACCCUGAAAAUGCUGCAAAACCAUCUAUGGAGGGAAGGUUUGGUCUGACUUUAGCUCCAUGUCCAUUCAACAUAAUAGCUUUGAAGAAAUGAUACAGUAUCAAAAAGAUUAAGCAAAGAAGUACUGCACUUUUAAAAUACUGCUUUUUUUUUUUUUUUUUUUUUUUUUUUUUUUUUUUUUUUUUUACUAUUUCCAGUUUAUUUUAUUACUUUCUUUCCAGAAAAUAACCCCAGCUGUGUAGGCUUUCCUAGUCAGUGAGAAUGAUCCAUUUAGCCUUCUGGAAAAAAGAUUUUUUUUGUCAUCUGUUGCAUUCCACAAAUGAACUGACAGCAUAGUUUUUAAUUUGAUAUUAAAACUUGGUGGGCUUAACCUCUGUCUGUUAUGGUCAGUUUGUCAAAUGUUGAUUAUGGGAGAAUGGUCCAAAACGUUUGUCACUGUUCUGGCAAAUAGUAAUUGUAAAAAAUUGUGAAAGCCACACAUAAACAUUUCAUUUACCAAAGGAGUGAAGCACAUUGUGUAAUAUUAAAAGUAUUAAUUAAUUGAUUGUUAGCAUUUUCUGUGAAAACCAAGAUUAUAACUGGGCUUAAAUAAUUUUUUGCAACUAACUUAUAGGUGUAGUCGAUUGGAUCCAAAUAUCCUUGAGUUUCAGGGCUCGCUAUAAAAAAGCAGGUACCAAGCUGGAAAAGCCAGGAUUUGAGGCCAAAUCCUUGAAUAUGCCAUAUUCUUAGCAUGAAAUGAGUGUGCAGCAUCGGGAUGCAGAUGUUUUCUCUCAGAAUACAAACAAGAGCAGACUUCUCUAACAAGAAUCAGCAGAACUCUGUUCUCUCUGGUGCCAAACAUAUUCAAGACGUCUGUGCUGCCUCUUGGCAUUCGUUGUUUACCUCAUGGCAGCAGUGGCUGCAGGCUGGACGGGACCAGCAGCUGCUCACUGGGAAAACACAAACACUACAGUCUACAGUGUGUAGUUCUGAAGUGGAGGCUGGUGCUCAGGUUUUUCAUCCACAGGCAGUGUGGACAGUACUGCCACAACCUCUGGCUUUGGGAACUGGAGUCUUCAAAUACGGCAUCACUGCAGCAGUACAGGUACUGCUUAUACAUUUACCAGGAACAGGAGGAAGCUGACAAACUCGAGGUUUGGAUAUAAUGGCUCUCUCCUUAUUAUCUCCAUACAGACUAAAAGGAUCUGUAGUUCAUACAGCAUUAGUGUAUCAGUACUUUUUUCACACGAAGAAUCUUAGUGCAAUUAACCACUGUCAAACCAGCUGCCAAGGAAACCUCAUUAAUUGUUUCAGAACAGGGCACUCAGUCUUGCUUUGUGUUUCAAACAUGGAAAGUGAUCUUUUGGGGGACUGUAUAACAACUAACCUUUAAAUGGUUGUUCUUAAUCAUUCUUCAAUCUCUUAACACUCCUUUUGAUUUAUCAGAAUUUCAUAUCACAUUAAUUGAGUUUUUAUAUACUCUUCUAAAUAUUUUUUUCCCCCUCACUGAAGAUCUAGAGAAUACCCGGAGCCCUCCUAAUGUCAAGUUUACAAGACUGGAAUGUGAAUUUGAAUGUAAUUUAGAAUUCGGUAUUUUAUAGCUGAAACAAAACUUAAAUUGUAAAAGAAGAGACAACUUUUCAGCUUUAAAUUAAUGUAUGGUUUUGUCACUUUUAACCUUGAAGUUUUAUAAGCCAGGUAGUGCCUAACAAAGACUGUAAGAUAGUUAUUAUGCAUUCAAAUUAAGGUUUUCUGUUACCUGUUUUGAAUAACAGAGUGCCUUAAUUUUUGAAUUAUGUAUUUGGUUGGUCAGGUAUCCCACUGUUUGUGUGAGAACUUUCAAUUCUUUUCAAUUUAAUUAGGUUAACUUUGGACUGUAUAGGCUUGUGGGUCUGGUUUUUUGGUAUGAAGUUUUUGAAAACUUAGUACAAUAAAAAGUUGAUUUUGGUACCAAUGCCAGUGAACUUGCUCUAAAACCAGAUAGUACUGGAGAAUUAAGCACUUUAUUUAAUUUAAUUUUGUAUUUUCCAAUGAAUAAAUAGAUUCUGUAGAGUUGGGAUUUUUGUCUGGAAAUCCUAAAAUUAUGCUUAAUUGAGAAGCUAAAAUUAAAUGCUGAUAAUAUUUAUCUUUCUGUUGAAAUGCCUUUUUAAACAACAUAAUGAUGGUGUGCAACUGAUCACUUGUACAAAAUACCUGUCCUUUUCAUCAAUGAGGACACAUUUGAAAAGCACUUUAGUAUUUUUUUACAGAUUCCAAAGAAGAUGCAAUUCACAUAAUCCCCUGGUAUGUGAAACUGUACAUAUUUGUGCUUGUUUUGCCUGCUGAGUUUAGUUUAAAAUGUCACCUUUGAAAACUGUCCUUUGAGAAUUAGCCUUCUACAAAUACUACUUUGAGAAUGUGUUUUUUGGUGAUACCUGUAAUCAAAUGCUGCAAUGUGUGACAGGCUAAAACUACUGGAAGUUCCAACCACGUCAAGGUGUGCUAGAAUACAGGAUUCUGUUGGAAAUGACAAUAAAGACCUGUCUUUCAUACCUUCCAGGUGCAUUGAAAUUUUCAUAGGAUACCAUAAAAGUAACUAAACAAUAGCAUAAAAGCAGCAAAAUCUGUGGUUUUCAAGGUGUGUUGCCAUCUUUGGCAAACUGUAAAGAGUGGUAGCAAAGUUGGUUUGUUUUUGUAAAUGUAUCCUCCCCUUCUCCUUUUUUUAGCAGAGGAAGCAUCUCAAAUGCCUUGUUGAAAAAUGUAUGCUCAGAUAAGUGGAUGACUGUUUCUGAAUGCUGCAAAUAUCUUUAUUUCUAAAAUUACUUUGCUUCAAUGUAUUUUUAUUUUGAAUAAAGUAAUUCCCAAGUAA